GGGCCCACCGGCGGCGGGAGGCCGAGCCCAGCGGCGGGGCGGGGCCGCCGGAGCCGCUGGGGGUGCGGCGCCGGCGGCUGCCGCGGGGCGGUGCCCUGGGCUGCGGAGGUAAAGCGAGGGGAGCCUGCCGGGCACCGGGGAGAGCAGCCCUGCCGUGCUCGGGAGGGAGAAGGUGCGCUGCCGGCUCUGGCUUUGUUAAAAAAGAACUGGAUGCACAUGCCGAAUUUCAUCAGUGAAAGAUGGAGUAAGAUGUGGACUUAACUGAUGUUAUGAUAUGCAAAAUCCCUCCACACAUGAGGAAAAGAGCCCUCUCAUGGUAAUGUUAGAGGAAUAGCAGUUGGAGACAACCUGCUACAUUCUGCUACUCUGUAAGACAAACAUCAGUAAAGCCAAGCAGCAAGAAAAGAAGGGUUCUUCAUGACAAAAUGACAGCAAGAGAACACAGUCCACGCCAUGGUGCAAAAUCCCGCACCGUGCAACGGGCCUCCACCAUUGAUGUCACCUCUGACAUGCUAGGCCUUUCUCUAGCAGGAAACAUUCAGGAUCCAGAUGAGCCUAUUUUAGAGUUCAGUUUAGCUUGCAGUGAGCUGCUAACUCCAUCGCUAGAUCGAAAACCAAAUAGUUUUGUAGCAGUGAGUGUAACUACACCUCCUCAGGCAUUCUGGACGAAGCAUGCACAGACAGAAAUUAUUGAGGGAACAAGUAAUCCUAUCUUUCUAAGCAGCAUUGCCUUUUUCCAAGACUCUCUUAUCAAUCAAAUGACACAAAUCAAACUCUCCGUGUAUGACGUCAAAGAUAGAUCUCAGGGAACAAUGUAUUUGUUGGGUUCUGGGAUGUUCACUGUAAAAGAACUUCUUCAGGACAAGAAUCACAGGUUGCACUUAACACUAAGGUCCACCUCCAAAAAAAUCUCAACGCAGAGUGUUUGUUGCAGGUCGGCUGAAAGUGACCGUGUAGGUAACAUUACAGUUAUUGGAUGGCAAAUGGAGGAAAAAACUGAUGAAAGGCCUCCAGUGACAAGGUCACCCGAUACAAUUAAUGGAAGGACUGUGUUGCCAGUUGAUGAAAGUUUAACAGAAUCUUUAGGAAUCCGAUCCAAAUAUGCUUCAUUACGGAAAGAUGCACUACUGAAAUCUGUAUUUGGUGGUGCCAUUUGCCGAAUGUAUCGCUUCCCAACCACUGACGGAAACCACUUGAGAAUCUUGGAGCAGAUGGCUGAGAGCAUCCUGUCGCUGCACAUCCCUAGGCAGUUUGUGAAGCUUCUUCUAGAAGAAGAUGCAGCAAGGGUUUGUGAACUAGAAGAACUGGGAGAACUGUCUCCUUGUUGGGAAAGCCUUCGUCGACAAAUAGUUACUCAGUACCAAACAAUUAUUUUAACUUAUCAGGAAAAUCUAACUGACCUGCACCAGUAUAAAGGUCCUUCAUUUAAAGCCAGUAGUUUGAAAGCUGAUAAAAAAUUGGAAUUUGUUCCUACGAAUUUACAUAUACAAAGAAUGAGAGUCCAGGAUGAUGGAGGAUCAGAUCAGAACUACGACAUAGUCACCAUAGGAGCACCAGCAGCUCAUUGUCAAGGCUUUAAAUCAGGUGGCUUGCGGAAAAAGCUGCAUAAAUUUGAAGAGGCAAAGAAACACAGUUAUGAGGAGUGUUGCACUUCAACAGGUUCCCAGUCAAUAAUAUACAUCCCACAGGACAUUGUUAGAGCAAAGGAAAUUAUUGCACAAAUCAACACCCUUAAAACGCAAGUCAGUUACUAUGCAGAAAGGCUCUCAAGAGCUGCCAAGGAUAGAUCAGCUAAUGGCCUUGAAAGAACACUUGCCAUCCUAGCAGACAAGACCCGGCAACUUGUCACAGUCUGUGACUGCAAGCUGUUGGCAAAUUCAAUACACGGACUGAAUGCUGCAAGGCCAGACUAUAUAGCUUCAAAAGCAUCUCCAACUGCUGGAGAAGGGGAGCAAGUGAUGUUGAGGAAUGAUCAAGAUACACUUGUGGCCAGAUGGACAGGAAGAAAUAGCCGAUCUUCUCUGCAGGUUGAUUGGCACGAAGAGGAAUGGGAGAAAGUUUGGUUGAAUGUUGACAAAAGUCUGGAGUGUAUUAUACAGAGAGUGGACAAACUUCUCCAGAAGGAGCGCUUGCAAAGUGACAGCUGUGAAGAUGUUUUCCAGUGUGACACCAGCUGUACUAGUAAGAAAGAUUGCAGCCCCACUCCGGAAGAAUCUGGUCCAGGUGAAUGGAGCGAAGCUCUUUAUCCCUUGCUGACAACACUCACAGACUGCGUAGCCAUGAUGAGUGACAAGGCAAAGAAAGCCAUGGUCUUUUUAUUAAUGCAGGACAGCGCCCCGACAAUAGGGCUCUGCCUGAGCCUUCAAUAUCGCAGGGAUGUUGUCUUCUGCCAAACUCUGACAGCUCUCAUUUGUGGUUUCAUUAUCAAGCUGAGGAACUGCCUGCAUGAUGAUGGAUUUCUAAGACAACUCUACACCAUUGGCUUGUUGGCGCAGUUUGAGAGUUUGCUGAGCACUUACGGUGAGGAGCUGGCAAUGCUGGAGGACAUGAGUUUGGGAAUCAUGGACUUGAGGAAUGUAACCUUUAAAGUAACUCAGGCCACAUCAAAUACAUCUACUGACAUGCUGCCAGUCAUCACUGGAAAUCGUGAUGGAUUUAAUGUGAGGAUCCCUUUGCCAAGCGCCUUGUUUGAUUUGUUGCCGCGAGAGAUUCAAAGUGGCAUGUUACUGAGGGUUCAGCCUGUUCUUUUCAAUGUGGGAAUCAAUGAGCAGCAAACCCUAGCAGAGAAGUUUGGAGACACCUCACUGCAAGAAGUAAUUAACAUGGAAAGCUUAGUGCGAUUGAAUUCGUAUUUUGAGCAGUUCAAGGAAGUUUUGCCUGAUGAUUGUCUACCUCGAUCUCGUAGUCAGACGUGCCUGCCUGAACUGUUAAGAUUUCUGGGACAAAAUGUACACGCAAGGAAAAAUAAGAAUGUUGAUAUCCUUUGGCAAGCUGCUGAGAUAUGCCGCAGACUAAAUGGUGUUCGAUUUACAAGCUGUAAAAGUGCCAAGGAUAGGACUGCCAUGUCGGUCACCCUAGAGCAGUGUUUGAUCCUACAGCAUGAACAUGGAAUGGCUCCACAGGUCUUCACCCAGGCUCUGGAGUGUAUGAGGAGCAUUGGAACACGGGAGGUAGUCACCCAGAAGAACUUGAGUGGCUUGGUGCCCAUCCGAGAUUUCAGACUAGAUCCCAGCCUCCUCUACUCUAUUCCUUUACUAGCUCUCAGCCCCAAUUUACUGAUUGUGUGGCUGUUUCUGAGCAUAGCAUACCUGGUGGCCAGAUUACGUUGCAAGUGAAGAUAAGGUUUAAAAAAAAAAAGAAAAAAAAAAAGUGCUUGAAUGUGUGUUGCCACUUGGUACCUGCUGGACAAAGGAAUGUGUCAUAGCAUUGUCUGCCAAGAAUUAUUAUUAUGCCUUACAAUUUUACGUUUCUAUUGUACUAAACUGUAAAUAUACAUCAAAUUAUUUUAUCAAAAAGAAUUGUAUUGAAACUUUAAAUUAUUGUUCUGCUUUCAGUGCUUGUAACAUAGUCUGACAUUGGCCUGUUACCUCGUUACUUUAGCCGGCCUGAAGAUCUCUUACCAAAUAUAGUUUGUGUUACUUGUUUCAUGUAUUCCAGAGAAAGGAACUCUGUCUGAAAAGAAUUUGUAUCUUUUUGUAUAUUUAAGGUGUAUGCUAAUCUUGCCUUUCAUUUUUACGAGGUAUGAAGAGAAACACAAAAACAUGGGUGGGGUUUAUAAGAAAUUGUAAGAAAUUUAUUUAAAGAAAUAUAAAAAUUUCUACCUUCAUUUCAAAGCAUAAUAUACAAUUUACAUUACUGAACAGUUUGUAAAACCAUAGUCUUGUUCCUUUCUCAUGGUUAAGCAUGUUCUAACAGACUAGUGUACCCACUCAAAAAACAACUUGCGGUGCGCUGCAUGCAGAAUUAUUUCAUUCUGUUUGUAGAUCUGCAUUUUGUGAUGUAUUAAAGACAUAGAGUGACUUGUGGUUAGGAAGAGGAUGUAAUUGGCAUUAGCCUGCUAAUGAUCCGUUAUCUGUUUCAGGUGCUCUGUUAUAGAACUUUUUCUGAAACAGGGUCAUUAUCAUCCUAGAAGUUAAAGAUAUUGGUCUUUAAUGCUUCAGGCAAGAAGAGGGAGGUAUCAGUUAGCUCCUUUAGUAGGUGGGUUUGAGGUUUUCCUUUGGGCUUUGUUUUAAUUACACUAGACUAAAUAUUACUGUUAUUUCCAUUUUUAAGUGUUGGACAGCUUUAAUAAGUUAUGAUGUUGAUAGUGACUUAGAGAUAAAUGAAUGAUGGUAAGUUAACAUUUAUUUAAGUGGUGAGACUAAAGCGGCUUACCUAGUUUAGUCACGCAGAAUCAUUGCAGAUGAAAUUUGAUCAUCAUUUAUAUAUAACAUCAAACUGGGAUAGGCCUAUUUAAACAGAAAGAUUUUGUUGAUGCAGUGGUCUAGCAAAGCUUGUCAAUAGCAAUAGCUGAUAAAAAAACCUAACCUCAUUUAAUGUAGUUUGCUAAAUUUAUGAAGGGAUUUACUUCGCUUUGUGCCUGAGAUGACAGAAAAUUGGGCUUCUGAGGAGAAUUCUUCUAGUACUGUGAUUUCUAUUUUCUACUAUUAUUAACUUGCUUAAAAAACAUAGGUAGCUAUAGCUUUUAUUAUCAUUUUUAAUGGAAUUUGAAAGCUUCUGAGAGGGGUAAGCUUAAAAAAAAGAAAAAAAGCACAGUUAGAAUAAAAAUUAGAAUUAAAUCCUGAAUUUGGUGAAUAUUCUAACUAAAAAAAAAAAAAAAGUGGUUGUAUUUGUGUCUUCAUGAAAUCAGACUGUACAGUACACUAUCUCCUGGUAUCUUUCUUCACUAUUCUUCCAAUUUUGUUUUUAAAAGAAAAAAACCCAGACAUAUAUUUUUAAUAUAUAUAUAUAUAUUGAAGCAUGUAUCCUAUUUAUUUUAAGUUGCAAUUAAUUUAGGUAAAUCCUUACUGUUGAUGAGAUUUGAAAUCAUGGUAUGAUGGUAUUGGACAUAUCCAUGUCCUGUGCUGAUAGCUAGUACCACCGUGUCUCCAUACAAAUCAUCUCUUCUUUCUGAUUAACACUGGUUCAUUUGCUAUGGGUACCAAAAUCUGCCUUGUUACAAAGCGAACAAUUGUCAGGUUGAAACUGUGGCCUUGUUCUUGCGAUGUGAUGACUGUCCUGGUUCAGUCUAACAAGAUGCGAAGAUAACUCUAGCAGACGUAUUUCCACUGAACUUCCUGACAUUAUUAAUCUGUUCAAAUAAGGUAUGAAGGCUUUGCUCAUGACUAUCAGUAGGGUUGCAGCGAGACCACCCUUAAAUUCAUCUAGAAUGAAAGCCUAGGCUUUUUGAAAACAAUGUAAUUUUUUUCUUUUUUUCUUAAACUUUGGUGGGGACAAGUUUUCAUCUGUUUUUUCUUUUUUAGCUUGGUCUGUGCUUUCAUUCAGACAUUCAGAUUUUAAAUGCUGUAGUGCAUACUGCUUACGUGCUUCCAGCAGAAGAAACAUGGCACAUGAAAUGGUGUGUGAAAUAUAUCUUUGUCACCAUCUCUAUGGCCUACCUGUGCCAUAGUGGGACAUGCACAAUAAUCAGAUGCAGUGUAAUGAAUUAUGAAGAGAAUGAUUCACUUUGGAGUGAAAAUGCUCAUCUGGCAUCCCAUAUAUGCUAUUUAAUCUUAUGGGUUUAUUAGUACUCUGAACUAUAAUUUGUGCAAUUUUUUGAUUAAUCUAUUUGACUGCAACAGCCUUUGGGAUGGACUCUGUAAAACACAAAACAAUGAAAUAAAACCAGUGUCAUCACGUACAAUCCAUUCUAUAGAAGGCAGUCAUAGAAUGUGCUCUGGAGACAAAUUUCAAACUUUCUUAAGGUGCUUCUUAGAGCAAAAAGUUAAAAUGUUUUAUGAAGUUAAACUAGGUGGUACCUGCAGAACACAGUUACAGUCAGUUUAAUUAACCAAAAUUAGAAGAAUGGUGAGGUCAGUAAGAGCAGAGAGCUUUCAAACUGAACCAGAAUCCAAACCCUCCUUUUGAAUCGGAUGACCACAGUUUUAGCUGGUAGAUGCUGCAGCCAUCUCCAAGACAGGAGUAACCUGACAUUUCUGCAGUAAGCUGGUGUACUGUACACUUUGCCAUGAAGUUCCAAUAUUAAAUCAUUGUUUGGGUUUCAGUUCUCUAUCAGGGAAGGACAUUCUCCUGCAAGCCUAAAUUGAUUUAUAAUAUAUAUUUAAAAGAUAGUGCUUCCUCUUUGUAUGUCUGUUUUUGGAUAUAAUCAAAGGAACUCUGAAGUAGAUUUACAAGUGUAAAGAAGCCUUAUAACUGGAGUAUUUUUUUUAUUGUAGCACAGAACCUCUUUGUAGUGUGGGGCAGUUGCACCAAAAUAUUGGGUAAAAAUUAAAUUCUGCACAGCUUUGUUUCAUUGGGGUGAUGACUGUCAAUCCAGCCAAUCUUUUUUGCACCCACACAAAGCUGCUACUUCAUGAUUAAGAAUUUUUUUUUAGAGUACGUUGGUUUUCAAGUCAAUUUAUGCAUGCAGAGAUAACUGGAAAGUAAUUAUUUUUGUAUCAGCUCUAAUCUUUAAGUAAGUACUGAUAAUACUGACGUACAGGGAACAAUAAAAUUACUUUAAAGCUCUUAUUGAGAGAUCAGCAGUUUUUCUUUUUCAGCUUAAUGUAUUACUAAAUUAGCAGAACUGCUUUUAAGCAAUCCCUUGGGAUCCCUUGUGCAAUGAAGCGGCAUGUGAACUCCACAACAAUGUACCCUGAAAUACAUGAAACCGUCGUGAAAGAACUUUCUCAGUAGAUGUGCUGCUGCUUUUUAGAAAUGCAAAACUAGCAAUCAGACAUAGCAUGUGUCCAUUCUGUGUGCUUCUUACUAGCAUUGUAUGAUGAGUCAUCAUUUUUAAUAUUUGCAGUGGCAAAUUAAUUAAACGCUCAUUAAAUAUAACCAACUUUUUUUUAAUGCUAUAAAAUAACCAGUUCAUUUCAUCUUAGUUUAAGUCUUUUUUUUUUCCUUUUUACUGCUGUCAUUUUUUGUGCUUGUUUUUUUU